AGUCGAGCGUGGAGGCAGGACUGAGUGAGAAGUGACUCCGAAGUUCCGUCGUCGUCGUCGGGGGGAACAGCCCACCCACCCACUUAGCCCGCCUGGUCCACCCGCAGACCGCCCCGGGACGCCUAUUGGCCCGCAUUCAUAGCCCGUGGUGGCUGACCCAUCCGAAUUGAGUGGGAUUGUUCUUCCCACCCUUGAUAACUACUCUAUGCGUGACCCGUGGUCAAUAAACUGCUUGUAUGUCUGAAUCCGGGGGAUCGGGCCCCCAGGCGGGGCUUAAAAGCCCUGCCGCCGGCCCUUCGCCCAUCAAGUUCGAGCCGGAUCCGACUCCUUCUUCGGCCGAACCCGAGCGCAAAAGGGCCAAAACCGAAAUUAAGCCCGAAGUCAAGGCUGAAGUCAUGAGCGAGAUGCCCGGCUCGCCUGGCUCUAAUUCCAAUUCCAUGGACGGAAUGGAGAGUGGCAGUGGUUUGAGCGGGACGGGCAGUGGCCACGUCUUGUCCGACCUAUGCAACGCCCUGACCAACACGGCCCAAUUAGCCAUGGCCACGCAAUUAAUGAAUUUACCGGGCUACUCCAGCGCUGCGGCUGGCGUGCAACAAGCUGCCUAUCUACAAGCCUUGGCCGCCGCCUCUGGCAAGCCUCAAUCGCAAUACGCCAAUAUGCUAUCACUAGCCUUAAUGCAGAGCACGGCUGCAGCCGCCGCCGCAUCAUCUGCCGCCUCCAUCACCCCCGGGUCUACCCCUUCUUCACCUUCGGCCUUACCUAAGCGUGGGCGGGGCUCUCGUGGGGGGAGCGUGGGUCGACCUCGCGGAUCGUCAAUGGCCAAUAAACUCAAACGUUUGGACUCUGGCGAAUUUCCUGCUGGUCGCGGAGCAGGUCGAGGUCGAGGAUCGCGCGGUCGUCGUCGUUACAAUGCGUCCAGUGAUUCCGCAACGGCCUUUGGCAAUACUGACUACGUGUACUACAUGAACGAGUCCGGAGCUCGUGGUGGCUCUUAUCUACCCGGAGGCUUGAGUUCGAACGUUUCGGCCGUGUCCAAUGGCAUGUCGCCGUCGCGAUCUUCGGGCGAAGGUGGACUUUCCGCCUCCUUUGAUCCGUACGCCGACCACGAAGAAUUACUCUUUAGUGAACAUUACAGUGGAAAAACGUGCUCUCUGUGCAAUCUCAGUGAACGAAGUGCUUUAGGUCAAGGCGAAAUGAUCAAAUGGAAAGUGUCUUCGGACACAAAUGUCCAGGCUCUCAUUCUUGAGGCCAAGAAGAAGUCCAAUAAUGCAUCCUCUGUGGUUUUGAACUCGCAAGUGAGCAAUUCAGAUGAUGAGAAUGACUCCUCGAGCUUGCCCGGUGGAAACUUAUCCGACAAAAGUCCGUCACGAACAUCGGGCAGUCUACUCAAUGCCCGCCGAAAAGCACGAAAAUUCACAUCUGGCGAUUUCUCAGAACCCGUGGAUGAACUAGAAAAUGUGGGUUUUACGGAGGAACCAGAGCAUGCUCUUAUUUUCGAAUCCAGUGGACAUCUUUUCGUUCACAAACAAUGCGCCUUAUGGUCCACGGACGUGACCAAGCGAAAGUCCGAAGAGGGCGAGUCCGAAAAUCUCGAGAAAGUCCUAAUCGGUGUUGAAAAAGCCGUGACCGCAGCAAUGUGGCAGAAAUGUGCUCAUUGCAAACAUUUCGGAGCUAGUGUGAAGUGCAAAGCCAGUGGGAAAUUCUAUCACUUUCCCUGCGGGGCCGCCUCGGGUUCGUUCAUGCAGAAGAGUACCUAUCUGCUCGUUGGGGCCGAAUACCUCACCAAAGUCGCCAAUUUAGCGGAUCCUACGUUGAUGUAUUUGUAUCACAACGGUGAGAGUUGGAAAUAUGGCAAAAUCACGGAGUUGGCCGUGGAGAAGUUCGAGAACCUGUUGUUCUGCACGGUGUGUGGUCAGCAUUAUUAUUAUACGGGCGCUCAGGUUCGCAUCACUCCCAUCAUUCGAGCGGGAUGGCAAUGUCAGAAGUGCAAAUGGUGCCAAAACUGUCGCCAGUCCAACCACGAGGAUCGCUAUUUGCUCUGUGACGUCUGUGAUGGAGCCUUCCACGCCCAUUGCCUCCGCCCGCAAAUGGCUUCCAUCCCAAAGAACGGCUGGAAAUGCAAGCGGUGCCGCAAGUGUACGGAUUGUGGAUCUCGCACUCCAGGAUCUGGCCAAUCAUCCCGUUGGCACAACAAUUAUUCCGUGUGUGAUUCCUGCUACCAGCAGAGGAACAAAGGCCUCGCCUGUCCGGUUUGUGGAAGAGCCUACCGACAUUCAGCCCAAAAGGAGAUGACUCAAUGCGCCAUGUGUAGAAAGCAUGUUCAUGCUCAAUGCGACCCAGAGGCCAAUGAGUCCGCAAUCUUAGAGAAACGCCUUAACCAGCCGAGCUAUCUCUACGUCUGCAAGAUUUGCAAAGCACCCCCCAGACCGAGUGCGGUGGCCACGGCUGCCUUGGCUAGUGGAUCCCAAUCGCCUAAAUUCGACGACAACUCAAAUGACGGUGAAGAUUCCAUGUCUGGAAUGGACUUUGAGAAUGGCCGAAUGGGGAUCGGGAAAGGAAAACCUAUGGCCAUGGGUGGCAAACGAGGUCGUCGAGGGACCUUUGGCUUCAUGGGCGGGCGAUCAACUUCCCGCGGAGGCGGCAAUUGUAGUCCCAGUGGUGGGAACAACAGCUGUGGAUCCUCGCCCGUGGGAUGGAAGGGAGUCCCCAACAAACCCGCAAUGACAACGACCACACCCAUGCCUAUCGGGGCGAAGGCGCGUGUUAAUGAAGUCAGAAGGCGAGGUAGACAACCCAAGAUCCGAGGGAUGGUUGGGCUUCAGCGUCCGCAGGCAGAGCCCGGCAUGAAGGAGGAGGAUGAAGAAGUGAGCAAGAUGAUCUGCGUGUCUUUGAGUGACGAGUUCACGCUCAAGCAAGACAUUUGCGUCUCUUGUGGAUCCGUGGGUAACGAUCUGGAAGGCCGUUUGAUCGGAUGCACCCAAUGUGGCCAGUGCUACCACCCGCAUUGUGCCAAUGUGCGUGUCACCAAGGUCAUCUUGGAGAAAGGCUGGCGAUGUCUGGACUGUUUGGUCUGCGAAGGCUGCGGUGAUAAACACGAUGAAGCGAACCUAAUCUUGUGCGAUGAAUGUGAUAUCUCGUAUCAUAUCUAUUGUAUGGACCCUCCCUUGGACAAUGUCCCACAGGGAACGUGGAAAUGCAAAUGGUGUGCGGUAUGUCACAUGUGUGGUAGCAACGAUCCCGGGUUCAAUUCACCGUGGUUUGACAAUUUUACCCUUUGCGGCCCAUGCCAGUCCAUCUCAUACUGUAUCGUGUGUGAGGAGAACUACGAAGACGGAGAGCUCAUGAUCCAAUGCUUCACUUGUCUUCGAUGGUGCCACGGAGAGUGUGAUUCCAUCCUCAACGAAGAGGACGCCGAGAAAUGUGCCAAAGAAAACUACACCUGUCAAAUGUGUCGACCCAACGACAUCCUACCGCCUCAUCUGGCCCAGCCAACCCAAGUGAAGAAAUCCAUUAUGCCUAGCCCUCCCCGAAGCCCGGAUUACAUGGGAUACUCACACUAUUCGAACGCCAGUUUUAUCAACGAUGGCGUCUGUCUCACCGAGCGAGGCAUGGCCAUGUUGAAGUCUCAGACCGUCGAGAAAGAGAAAUCUCGUCGACGAAAACGAGCCGGCCUCAACCCAAUGGAAUCGGAUCGUGCCAUCUUUGACUCAAUUGAAUCUGUCGUUGCUGGAGGAGGUGGAGGCAGCAGUGGACCAGGUAUUGGCAGUGCUGAUACGUCGUUGGAGAAUGACGGCGAAGGGGACGAUGACGAUGAUCUCAUGCCUCCACCCACGCCAGGUGGCAACACUACACCUGGAGCACAGCCUAAAGACGGCGAUGUAGUGCGACCUCUACCAGAUGGACGACCUCCCGAGGCCCCAGAAGGCUUUUCCGUCGUUGUGAAAGACAAUGGAGUAAUGGUGCUGAGAAAGCGACGUUAUCGUGACCUGAAAAAAGUCGGCAUUGGCGGAUUUCAAGCCAAGAGCCGAGCCACAAAUAAGAACAAAUCCAAAGAUGACGGUGACUCGGGAGCACCGGGUGAAGAGAAGCCAAAGAAACGAGCGGGAUGGAGGCCCAAGAAAAACAAGAUCUUAGCCCAAUAUCCCGAGUAUAUUCAAGAGUCGUUCUUCGGGCGAGAUUGUCUGGAUUCGUGUUCUGGUAUCCAAGACACCGACGAUCUGCUAGAAAAGCCCACUGAGGACGAUCCCAGUAUUCCCGGAGAGGGCUCGACUAUCGUUCUUGGAAAAGAAGCUCUAGAAGCCGUGGCUGAGAUGAAAAAACAAGAAGAAGAGCAAAAGAGGAAGCAAGAGGAAGAGGUUGCUGCCAAAAAGGCUGAGGAAGAGGCUGCCAAGGCGGCUUUGGCCUUGGCUAGCGGGACCGACACCGCAAUCAAAGAUGAAUCUGUGAUCAACGACGGGGCGUCUACCUCGAAAGAUACCUCACUAAUCGAAGACGACGCCUUGGCCCAUGGGGAUGAGGACCUCUUGGGUGGGGAAGACGACCUAUUGCCUUCCGACAUUUUUGGUGACGACCUGUUCAAGUUCAUGAAUGACGAGGCCGCGGCAGAGGGUCUUGAAGACAUUGACGAGUCUGCCUUGGAAGAGGCUGAAAAGGAGGACGAGAAUGGGGAUGACGUGGACAACAAACACGCCGACGAGGCCCUAGCCGAGGCCUUCCGAGACACGUUAGGCCCUGAUUUCAAGCUCAAUCCAAAAGACAUUGCCGACAUCAUGGGCGACGUCAUGGAUGGACCCGGAGAAGUCAAGGAAGAGGAAGAAGAACAGGGUGACAUGGUACCUGAGAGCCAUGAUCAGCACCAUGAGAUCAAAUCUGAAAUUGAGGAUGCGGCCAUGAUGAGUCCACCCCCUGCUCCACUUGCCCCUCCUGCAACUUCACUGCCCGUGGUUUCUCAUCACUCGAACAUGCAAGCCUUGCCUUCUGUCGGGUCCUCGUCGUCUAUGGAUACCAUGGAUACCAUGUCCAAUAUGUCUGGCAUGUCCCAUCAUCCGCAACAAACACAACAUUCACCUAUCGCAAUUCCGUCCAGUCUGUCAGAGCCGUUCUCCACAUCCAAUAUGCAACAAUCGCCCCACCAGCAACAGCCCGUCAUGUCUUCUAUGCCCAUGUCUUCUUUACCCUCGUCAUCCGCCUCCUCCAUGAUUAUCAGUAGUAGUCCAAUGCACCAUUCACAACAUCAGACGCCGAUCUCUUCCAUGAUGGAUACCAAUCCUGUUCAACAAUCGCCCACCAUCAUGCAUCCAGCCACCGUCCACUUGCAUCAGCAACAACAGCAAGUUGUCUCGCAGCACCAACAAGUGGUCUCUCAACACCAAGUCCAACCCCAAAUGCAAGAAAUGGUGUCUAUGGCUCAAUCACCACAACAACAUAUGAUGAUGGGUGGCCCACAACAAGCCCAGCAGCCGAUCCAUUCCAUGGCUCAGAUCCCUCAUUCCAUGGCACAGAUACCUCAUUCCAUGGCGCAGCAGCAACCCCAUUCCAUGGCACAACAACAACAACAACUGCCUCAUUCCAUGGGCCAUCCACACAUGAAUACUCCGGUGAGCUCCAUGUCCCAACCUCCCACGUCCAUGCCGAUGGUCAGUCACGUCAUGACGUCUCAGCAACCCAUCAUGGCUCCCCAACAAGGUUUCCAAAUGCAGCAACAAAGAAUGAUCCACCAUCCUCAGAUGCAGCAGCAACAACAACAGCAGCAGCAGCAGCAUAUAAUGCAGCAACAAGCCCUUCAGCGACAACAGCAAAUGAUGCAGCAACAACGGAUGAGUCAAAUGAGAAUGCAAGGGCCACAGGGAGGCAUGGUUCAGAUGCAACAGGUCCAGCCUCCUCAACAACCUCGAAUGGCGCCACCUCCGCCAGGAGCGGUACCAAUUGGCGGUGCCGUCAUGCGACCUCCUGGUCAGUAUGGCAUGGUGCAACCCAACCCUGGACCCCAGCAACCGCUUAAUGUGCAGACCAUGCCGCAUGGGCCUAUGCCACACCCAGGGAUGCCACCUCAGCCCUCGCCCAAUGCGUAUCCAAUGAAUUCGCCGCAAUUUCCACCUCACACACAAGAGUUCUCCAGCUCGCCCCAACAGAGUCAACAACUGCCGAGUCCGGCGUUAUCUUCCGAUUCUCAAGGGUCAUGGACAACAGCUCCUCCCGCUGGAACGGUAGAUAGCCAACCUCCAGCGCCAACAACACCUACUCCGGCGGCCAGUUCUGCCACCUCGUCGACCCAAAAAAAUCAAUUGCUGAAAUGGGAAAGCGACGAGCCUUUGGGUGAGAAUGCGACGAUCGCCAUGAUUUUAUACUCGAACAAGAACCAUCCGAACCUCAAGCCCGAUUAUCCCGUGUGGAGUGAUCGCAUCAAGCAGAUUGCCAAGAUCUGGAAGACGCUGCCGAAUGAGAAACGACAGCAAUACGUGCAACAAGCUCGAGAGAAUCGAACUGCCAAUCGAGUCACCAAACAGAACAAAGGUUCAAAAAAGUCCACCAACUCCAACAAUCAACCACAGGGUGGCGCCAAGAAUCAGAGUCAAUCCAGUGUGAUCGUCGACCAUAAUCUGGGAGGAACGGCGCAAAGCAACAUCUUGACCGGUCCCAACAAAGCGCCCACGCCCCCCGCUUCCCAGUCUCCUACUAUGGGUGCUUCAGCUGCUCCGGUUGUGCCGCCUCCGGUUGGAUCUCAACCCACUACACCAACUACACCUCAUCCGCCUCCUCCUCCUCAAUGGAGAGCCAACGCAACGGCCAACACCACUGUGAGUCUGUCCACGAUGGGUCAGCUCAAUCCUGAGCCACCUGCUACUUCUUCCUCCUCCUCCUCCUCCUCCUCCUCCUGCACAACUGACCUUGUUCAAAACCCCAACCAGUCUCUUUUGAGCGGCUCGAGUUUGACAACUCCCGACCCCUCUCCUUCGUUGGUUGGAGGUCAGCUUCAUGCUCGCCUCUCCCAACCUCCUCUUGUCCCAGGUACUAAUGCCUCGGCCCCGCCCACCACCACCCUUAACCUUGAAGUUUCAGUUGGGUCUGUUGAGGACCCAUUCUCCCAACAGUCUCAGCAGCAGGGGCAGCAACAACAACCCCAACCACAAACACAACCCCAGCAGGCUCCGGUGUCCAAUCAACUUAGAUACUUGCUCCAAAGAGGUUCCACUGACAAGUCUGUGCCGGCUCAAAGCGCCACAACCAAGUUGUGGGUGCCAGAACCAGAAGUACCACCCAAUCAACAGCAGGCUCACAAUGCUCAGCAACAACAACAACAACAACACCCUCACCCUCACCCUCACGGACCGCCUGUGGGCUCCCAGAACUCAAACCCACAAUUCAGACAUCCUUUACCGCCUGGAAUGCGUCCUCCACCUCCCAAUGUGCAAUUCAACCAACCCAGACCCGGUCAAAUUAUGGACCCGAGAAUGCGAAUGGCUCUACCUCAAAGACCUGAAGGUCAUUUGCAACAAGGACUGCCGCAACAUCCACAACCUCCUCGACCCAAGGGUCCCAUGUUGGCUCAAGGCACUGUGGGACCUCCGAGCAAUCCUCAGCCAUCAAGUGCCCCUCCCACCUCUCAAUGCGGACCCGAGCUUGAGAAAGAUCUUGACAUUGGAAUGGCUGAUGAGGACCUAUUCAAUAUGGGCGAUGACUUUAAUAUCAUGGAGUUCAACGAUACACUGGAUGAGCUACAAAACGACGAAGUGAAAAGUGCCCCCGAUACUGGCGAAAAACUCCCCACUAGUGGUCCAACUACGCCGGGUGGUUCUGCCCCACCUCCAUACACGUCGGCUCCCGCUGUGCGUGGUCCACCCCCACCCUAUCCUGGAGGAAACAAGCCGCUCUUAACCACUACUCUUAUACCUUGUGUCACGAUGGGCACGAAUGAACUGGGCUUAAUUGCACUGACGGAGAAUUUGAGUCAGGAAGGCAUUCUCAUUCAAGACUUGGCCAAUAACCCCGAUAUCCCUACUCCCAUUCUCGACACGGUCUCUUCGGCCAGUGUCACUCUGACCCCCAAUAUUUCCGCGUCCUUAGCUUCUUUGCCUUCUUCCAUUACCAGACGCCAAACCCCUUUACUGAUUCAGGAACAACCAUUGCUCUUGGAAGACCUCGUUGAACAAGAGAAACGUGAGCAACAAAAACAGCAACCAAAUAACCCUAACGCCAAUAAUGUUGGCCCAACUCAGUCACAAGUCUCUGGUCAGAACCAUGGAGGAGUAGGUCCAGGUCCUAAACCAAGCCAAGGGCCCCUUGGUCAGCAUCCACAUUCUCACAUGCAAACUGGACCAGGAGGGCCACGCCCAAUGAUCAGUCAACCCCAGUCACAGAUUCCCCUGCAGCAGCACCCACAGCAACAACAACAGCAACAGCAGCAUCAACAACAACCUCAACAACAACAACCUCAACAGCAGUUUGAUGGCGGUCACAUGAAUCCGGGGAUGCGUCCCAAUAUGAUCCGAGGACCUGUUGGUGCGCCUGGUGUGCCUGCCCAGGGUAUACUACCACCCAAUGUGGUGCGAUUCCCACCUCAUAUGGGCCAACCACGCCCUGUGGGUCAGAUGGGCAUGAAUCCACAACCUCAACCAGGAGGACCCUCUGGAGCGGUUCAGUGGGCCAAUCCUUCCGGCCAUCCGCAAGAGGUCACCCUUCAACAACGUGGACCUGACCAGGUGGGAAUCAUUCCCAACAAUCCAAAUGGACCGUCUGGUGGUCCUCAUCCAGCUUUGCCUCCUGCUCGUAAUGAGACUCCCGUGCCUCAACCGCCUCCAUUCGUCAGUAAUCCGGCUCCACCCGUUCCACCGGAAAAUCCGGCCAAUGACGAAGAUCGACAAAAGGUGGCGAAAUACGAGGAGUGGCUGACUCACCAAGAACAAGCCAUCCAAGAGCAACUCCAGUUUUAUGAUAGAGAAAUCACCAAACUCAGGAAACAGAGAAAGUCCCUCAACAGCAAGCAACGGACCAUGCGAAAGAAUGGGGGUGAUCUGUCUCCCAUGGACCAGUCCGAAUUGGAUCGGGUGUCUGCAGCCACUGCAGACAUGCAGAAAAUGCUGGAGAAGUUCCGAAAGCAAUCCCGACAACACGCCAUGAUUGCCAAUGACCACCGUAACAAGCAAGACAAAGCCAAGGCACAACAAGGGACGGCAAAUGGACCACCCGCUCAACCUACACCCCCGUCCACAUCUCUCCCACCCCCACCUCAACCGGCAACUCAGUCGGCCCCUGUGAGUAUGGGCCCGGGAGUUCCCCAUCAACAGCCACAACAUCAUCCUGGUCAAGGACAGACGCAGAUGGGUCAGCCACCCAUGCAGCAACAACAGCAGCCGCAAUUGCCUCCAGGCAUGGUUCACGUUCAAAGGGCUCCCAUGGCCAUGGGAGGUCAGCCGCAAAUGCAACAGCAGCACGUGAUGAUGCAGCGAAUGCCUGGACAGCAUCCUCAACAACAAAUGAUGGGAAUGCAGCGCAUGCCUCAAUUCCAGCCCAAUCAAAUGCAAAUGCAACAACGACUGCCCAUGCAGCAACACCCUCAACAGCGAAUGGCCAUGAAUCCUCAAGUGUCCAUGCAUCAGCAACAACAACAACAACAGCACCAGCAAAGAAUGAAUAUGAUUCGCAUGCAUCAGGGUCAACCUCAGAUGAUGGGCCAACAAUCUGUCCCAGCCCGAGCUCAAAUGAUAGGCCGAAUGCCCAGUCCAGUUCAUCCGGGGGCCAUGGGCUCACCAGGCCCAAAUGGACCUCAAAUGAGCCCAAGGCCCAUGAAUCCCAAUCAGCAAAGCCCGCAUUCCAUGGGGGGACAGCCUAGCCCGCAAUCCUACCCAGCAACCUCGCCGGGACCUUCUUCAGUGCGUCCGCAAGGAAUGACAUCACCCAUGCACAUGUCCUCUUCGUCGCCGUUGCCAUCCCCUGGACCAAAUCAAUCACCGCAGCCGGCAAUGUCACCCUCACCCAGUCAGUUUCAUGCACCUCAUCCUGGAAUGCAUCCCGGCCAGCAAUACCCGAAUGCUCAGAGUCCGCAUGGCCAUCAACCAUCCCCCCGAAUGUCCCACGAUGACAACCACCCUUUCAGUCCCGGUGGAAUGCCUCCUCAACGUCCCUUGAACACAGUUUCUCCGGGAAUGGGAGGCUCGCCUGGCACUCAGCAUAUUUCACCUCAAGGCACGCCUCGUCAUGGAUCGCCCCAGCCUCAAAUGGUGGGCAUGAGACCGCCCAUGAUGGCUGAUUCUCGAGGCCGGUUCAUCAGGCCCUCUGGAAUCAUCGCGGGCAAAGACAUGCGACCCCGUAUGAUGCAUCCUGGUCAGCAAAUGAUUGGCCAAAGACCUUCGCCACCUGGAUUCAUGCAAAUGUCACACCAAGGAGGGCCACGUCAAGUGAUGAUGAGACAACCGGGCUCGUCUCCUCAGUACACGGGAGGAAGUCCUGGUCAUGUGAUGAGCCCUCAACCGCAUAUUAUGAAUCAAAGAAGGCCUCCAAGUGCCGGAGGAAGUGUUCCAAGUCCAGCUGGUGAUCGUCCUAUUACGCCUCAAACGCCUCGGACGCCUGGACCGCCCACUCCGGGUCAAAUGUCCCAGCCGCCAACACCCCAGCCGUCUCAACCCGGCGAUGAUCAAAUGCACCAAGGCAUGGGUCAAUAUCCCCAACAACCCAAUAUGGCCCAAAUGCAACACCACCAGCACCACCAACAGCAACAACAUCAGCAACAACAACACAUGCAGCACCAUCAUCAACAACAACAACAACAGCAGCAGCAGCACCAUCAACAACAUCAACAACAACAUCAUCAGCAACAACAACACCCCGGAAUGAUGCCUGGUGGUGGAGGAGGCAAUGGGCAAAUGGCUCCAAUGGACCCUGAAUGUGAAGGGCGAUCAGGAUGGCCCAAAGGAGUCGGUUUGAAAGGCGGAGGGAGUUGGCGUACUCGGCAUGCUUGGGGAACUUUCAUCGGUUUGAAAGGAGGAUCACCGGUGUUUCCAUCCGGUGCUAAUCCUAUAAAUCAGGCGCAAGUCAAUUCGUCAUCAGCUAACGAGUCAACCCUAUCCAAUGAACCCCCCAUCAAUACAUCGAAUGCCACGAUUCCCCCUUGUAGCUCCAAUACCUCUACUGCUUCCAACGUUGAAACGCAUACCUCUUCCACAGCUGUUCCAAGGCAAGUGAGCAGUGUCAUAAUGCCCAACUCAACCUCCAUCGCUGUUAUGUCAACCGCAGGAAACACGAGUACCCCAACCACCGUCACCCCGGGAGCAUUCACCACCACCACCCUUGCUAAUGUGCCAAACACCAUCAUGCCAGCGAAUGUGCCGAGUGUGGCUCCCGCCGUCGAGGUCAGUCAAAUGCCUCCUUCUAGUGCUCAUCAAUCGAAUAUCGGUAUCCCAGGUGGAUUCAAUCCGCGUGAAAACAUUGGGGUCACCCGAAUGUUGGGGCUAGCCUCAUCCAAUGUCGGUGCUGGGAUCACAUCUGCCAAAUAUCCGAGUGGCAAUUCCGGAUUGGCGGCUGACUCAGGCGCCCCCGUGAGUGCUCCACCCCCCAUGCCACCCAUAUCCAAUGUCACCCAAGCUUCACCUGACUUGAAAUCCGCUGCCCUCGAUGCCAAAGUGGCGGCAGGAAUCUCGCAAGUUGUUAGUGCCGCGCACGUUUUGACUAGUCCUCUCACACAAGUGCCUCCAUUGGCGCCACCUUCAUCUGAUGUGGUCGCCCCCAAGUCUUCUACAGUGGGCAACACGAAUUCCACGCUCAUGAUGAGUGCCUCCUCUGUGUCAACGGCUGGAACCGUGCGCCACAACGCCUUGUCUGUUAAUUCUACCAAUGCCGUGCUACCUACGAGUGUGUUGCAAGGCAGUGGUCCCAGAAUGGCUCUGUCAUCCGCCACGGCGACUAGUGUCACUCCCACCACUUCACUCUUGAGUCAGGCUUUAACUUCGGCCAGUGGGUCCUCGUCCAUCACAACGGCGUCAUCUUCUUCUGUGGAAACGACAGUGACCACGUGUGCUGAUUCCGAGAAGAUUGCAAAUUCCACUGCCAAUGAAGGAGAGCACCAAAACGCGUUGUUGAAGCAGUUGCUUAGUUCCAAUAGUUCUUCUCAAUCUGGAAAUGGUCCCAAUAGUGGACCUGAAGGAAGUGGCUCGUCGUUAGAAGCUCAAUUAGACCGACCCCCCGCAAAGGAUUCGAAAUUUCAACAAUUUCAACAAUCAGGACAAAGUCUUUCUUCUUUGGCUUCCAAGAUCCCCCAACCUGUGUCAAGUGGAACGCCCCCCUCACUUGCGACAACAUCAGCCAGUGGUCAGGGUGUGCCUCAUUUGAAAUUAGAUGUGAAUGCGGCAACGGCUUUGGCGGCAGGUGAGGAACGCAAUUCGAUCUCAAUGUCUUCGUCCACCAAACCCUCAUCGCAGAGUGGAACUUCCCAAAGUGCUCAGCCACUGGGAGGAGUUAUUCGAAUGGUGGCACUCCCAAAUGCUCCUCUGCCUCAACCGCCAGUGUCUAAUCCCAGUGUGUCUUUGGCCGGGGCCGAUACAAGUGCUCAAAGUCAAGGAAAUCUUCCCAAUCAGUCGCUCUUGAACCUUCCAACAGAACCAGUUCCUCAUUCUUCCUUGGUGGAACCUAAAACGAGCGGACCCGAAAAUCCACCUGAAUCUCAACAGCCUCAAACUCAACCUCAAAAAUCACAGCAGAAGACCCUACCAGAGUCACAGCAACCCCAACAACAACAACACAAACAGCAGCAACUACAGCAAGCACAAGCACAGCAGGAACAACGGCAGCAGCAACCACUACAACCACCGCCUCCUCCACCACCACAACCACAACCACCUCAAGUAGCUCCAGCACAGACCAGCACAUCAGGCGGGCCUCAACAAAACCAAGGUGAUCCACAAGCACGUUUUCAACCAAGAAUGCCUGUUCCGGGAGUGGGAAUGGGCCCACAAGCUCCUAGGCCCGCUCACCCAACGAUCUCUCAAUCGGUCACUGGGAAUGCCCAAUUGCCUCACUCACAACAAUCACAAUCCAUGAUGCGGCCUCAAGGAAACGUCAAAACCAAUACUCCUCAAGGUCAACCUCAAAGUCAACUGCAAGGUCUUUUGCAACAACAAACCUUGGUUCCACCUGAAAGCUUGCCUACAACGUCCAAUCAUGGCAGUACUCCCGCAUCUCAAGCUCAGAAUGAGCAAGCCUUACUCUCUCAGCCUCAACAUCAUCCGCAAGCAACAUCUGCAAAUGCACAACAGAUCCAGCGACCGCCUCCACAUUCACAGCAGCAAACAGGUCCGCCACCACAGCACCUUCAUCAACAGCAGAUACAACAACAACCGCAACAACAGCCGCAAGUGUCGCAACAGCAGCAGCAGCAACAACAACAACAUCAACAACAACCGCUCAUGAAUAAUGGACCCAAUUCUUCGCCUAGAGUGACCGGUCCGCAGGGUAGCUUUCCUAAUCACAAUGGACCACCAAUGCCAAGACCUCAAAUGCGAAUGAACAUGCCCCCACAGGUGCAACAACGUAUGCAGAUGGUUCAUGGCCCUCAGCAACAAAUGAUCAUGGGUCAGAUGAGGCAACAGGGCCCCUUACCUCCUCAAAUGAGAGGUCAAAUACAUCCGCAACACAUGCAGAACCGAUUCAGAAUGCAACAAAUGCACCCUGAGCAACAACAGGUUCGACCCCGGUAUCCAAUGCCUGCUGGUCCUAUGGGCGCCGACCCCAUGCAUCAACCUAUUCGAAGCAAUAUGAUGACCCAGGGUGUGUCGGUUCAGCAAGGUCCUCCUGGAAUGGUAGGUGGGCCCAUGCAACCUCGAAUGCCGCCUCCUGGGAUGACGAACAAUUUGCGUUUACAUAUCCCACCCCAAGGCUCUAUGAUGCCCGGUGCUCCUGGCACUCCCACCUCUUCACAACCUUCGCCAUCUCUCACUCCCAGAUCCGAAAGUGGUGAAGGUGAUUUCAUGGACAUCAACUCCAGUCGAGGACACACCCCUUGUCCCGGCGAUCCUUUCGAGAACAGUGGCGCCUCCACGCCCACUGAGGGCUUUUAUCCUAAUGGUGAACCGCCACAUAAGAUGCUAAAACGCCGAACGUCUCAACAAAAGCGAAGACAAAGCCAAGGGGGUAAGGAAGGUGGUCCGCAGGCCAAGAAGAGAGCGAGGAAAGGAUCCAAGGUGGACGAGACUGAUUUUGACUCCUACAUGGAAAGCAUUGGUCACCAACUGAAGAACCUUCCACCAGUGCAAACCAUCGAACCCAAAUUGAACCACUACUACAAUGCUUGUGCCGUGUUUGGAUCGGGUGAGAUGCCCAAGAUGUUUGGCAUGGAUGUUGAUACCCGCACAGGUUGUUUGGAAGGAUCCAUCAAGGAGUCCAAUCUGAAAGGUCAAGGCGACUACUACAACGUCCUGCCCUUUGGCCAACAGCCCCCUGUGCCCGAUAUCCCCGUGGUAGUGAUCAAGCAGCGUGGUUUCUAUAAGCAGGAAUUUGAAAAUCGCCACAACGAGCGCAAACCCAGUGAUGCUCGCUCCAGCUCCCCCGAUCUCUUCUAUUGCUCGUCACCAGAGCCAGAACCUGUCACCAAAGAGCGAGAAGGCGUGUUGAAGCCGUGGAAAGACAUGGAACCCGAUGACUCGGAUGAAGAGAUGCCCUCAGCUCCACCUGAGCAUCCAGAGAUCAAAGAAGAGAAUGACUUGGAUUGCAAGCAAGACAAAGCCAAAGCAGCCAAAUUCAUUGAGCGUCCUUAUACUCCCGAUUUGGAGCUAGUCAAACCCAUCAUCGUGAAACCCAAGCCAAAGCAGUUGAUCACUCAAAAGGACCUAGAUGAAGACAAUGACGAAGAUGCCAAAGAGAAUCGUUUUGACGAUUACAUCUCGAAAGCCAAGGCCAAGUCCUGGCUGCCCAAUCGGACCAAUGGAAGCUUCACAUCCAUCACAAUGACCAUUGGCCCCAACGGCUCUCGAGAAAGGGUUCUCAAGGCCUUGAAUGGCUUGGCCAAGCUCUUGAAGAUCGAUGCCCCUAAGCAUUGGAUUCUCGAGGAUAAGAAUGGCUACAAGGAUGUGUUUCGCACUCGACGCAUUGAAGAAGGGGAUGGCGAAUCCAUGGAGCUACUCAAUGUGCUCACCAGUGGAAGCAAACUUUGUCGGAAUUGUGAUAUGGUGCUCCUGGAUAAGAAAGUCAAGCAUAAGACCACCGAUCUGCCCUUUCUGUCAAAGCAAGAGCGAGAGGACUGUGCUCACAUUUAUUUUUGUAACUCCGAUUGUUACUUCCAAUUUGCCAUCAAUCGCACAGGGGGUAAGGACAAGGAAAAGGUUUCAAGUCUGGAUCAGUUGGCCGAAUACCAGAAGGAGAAGGUCAAAGAGAAAGAGCGAAACGAACGCCUCCUCAAGAAAGAGGACACCUCUGAUGGUCUGGAGACCGAAACACACAAGGGCAAGACCUACCGGAGUUGGUCGUCCAGCUUAACCCAAGCCAAGAAGUACAAGAAACUCAACGAGAACGACCUCACUCAGAUGAUGUUCCGCAUGGGUUUGACACUUAUGCCUCCUCGCGAAGUCGACGAUGGACGCGUGUGUCUAUUCUGUCAUAUGAGGGGCGAUGCCGCGGCCGACGGACCGGCUCGUUUGCUCAACUACGAUGUGGGGAAAUGGGUCCAUUUGAACUGUGCGCUGUGGUCCGAGGAGGUGUACGAAACGGUGAGCGGGGCCUUGGUCAAUGUUGAGACGGCCCUCAAGAACGGAGCGAGUCUUUACUGCAAACUGUGUGAAAAGAAUGGCGCCACGGUCAAGUGCUGGAAAGUGCGGUGCACCAACACAUACCACGUGGGUUGCGCCAACAAAGACCGGGCCACGUUCUACAAGAACAAGAGCGUCUACUGUCAUCAACACACUCCCAAGGGCGAGAAGGACCAAGAACUGACCACAUUGGCCGUCUACCGGCGCGUUUACAUUGAACGGGACGAGAACCGGCAAGUGGCCAAAGUCAUGACCCAAGGGUGUGACCAGCAUGUGAUGCGAAUUGGAUCGCUGAUCUUUCUCAACAUUGGCCAACUCUUGCCCAGACAGCUGCACAACUUCCACACCCAGGACUACAUCUUCCCCAUCGGGUUCAAAGUGCUUCGGCUGUUCUGGUCGCUCAAGGAAGUGAACAAGCGAUGUGCGUACGCGUGCAUUAUCGCCGAGAAGGACGGGAAGCCCGAGUUUCAGGUCAUCUUCAACGAAGGCCACAAAGAAGAAGAGCGGGUCUUCACUGAUAGCACAGCCAAAGGUGCUUGGGAUCAAGUGCUCACUCUCAUUGACCAAGCCCGGCGAGACCAAGGCCUGGUCAAAGUGUUCCCUAAUUACAUUUCAGGCGAGGACCUCUUUGGUCUCAAUGAACCCAACAUCACCAAGGUCCUGGAAUCUUUGCCCGGAAUCGAGUCCCUCACCGACUAUAAUUUCAAAUACGGCCGCAAUCCGUUGUUGGAGCUGCCAUUGGCCGUCAACCCAACGGGCUGUGCCCGAUCCGAGCCCAAGAUGCACACCAACGUCAAACGGGUGCACAAUUUCCAACGCUCGGCUGGCAGCUCGAGUCGCAAAGAGCCCGCGGGUAAUUUGGGGCGGGCCGCCAAGGAGAAUGUGCCCAUCAUGAUCGGUCUGGAAACCACGGGGCCAUACUCGAAGAAUUUUGUGCAAUCCAAGAGCUCGCAAUAUCGAAAGAUGAAACAAGAAUGGCGCCAAAACGUGGUGCUAGCCCGAUCUAAGAUCCAGGGCCUCGGCCUCUAUGCCGCUCGUGACCUCGAGAAACAUCAGAUGAUCAUUGAAUACAUCGGCGAGGUCAUUCGCUCCGACCUCACGGAUAUCCGCGAGAAACGCUAUGAAGCGGCCAACCGAGGGAUUUACAUGUUCCGAUUGGACGACAACCGGGUGUUGGAUGCGACCAUGUGUGGCGGCAUGGCGCGGUACAUCAACCAUUCUUGCGACCCGAAUUGCGUGACCGAGUGCGUGGAGGUGGACCGCGACCUACACAUCAUCAUCUUUGCCAAUCGCCGGAUUCAACGCGGCGAAGAGCUGUGCUAUGACUACAAAUUCGACUUUGAAGACGACGACCGCAUUCCGUGUUUGUGCGGUGCUCACAAUUGCCGCAAGUGGAUGAACUAACUAACGAGUAUUCUCAGUAUUAGGAACACGUUGUUGAACGAACUACUACUAUCUUUUAACACCAUGGGCGUUUUCACAAAUGAGCGGCGUUUUGCGCUCCGAAUUGACGCCACACUCUAGGAUGAAUUUGAAUUGUGUCCAUCAUGAUCGACUACUGACCUGACCACUAUUAAAGCGAUGAUGAAUAUUAUUACUACCAUAUUGUACGACAAGUGUAUUGAUGAAUAUUGUAUAGAUGUUUUUUUUUUGAAACUCUGCAAAUGGGCCUUUGCAAAAAUCAACCCCAAUCACACCCACUUCUUAUAACCUCAAAGCUACUACGUUAUAGAAAUUAUGUACUGAAAUCAUACGCCGUCAUCCUUAUUAUUGUGGUAGUGAGUGGUAGUACACCUUAUUAAAAAACUUAUGAAAUCACACCCCAAUUCAAUUAGUGCUACACUACCAUCAUCAUUGAAUGUUUACCAAUUGCGAUGAUUUUUUUCAACACUUGCUAUUAUGCUUGAGAAAUAUACAAUCCCAUGUCCAAACUAUA